CCCGGGGUUUCCGCUCAGGGCGGUGACUCGGGACCAGAGCUGUGACUUCAUCGAUUGCUUCUGCCUGAGCAGCCGCAGGCCCGCAGGGAUCGACUGCUCGGGUCUGGCGAGUCAGGCGCGGGAAAGCCGAGUUUGAAGCCGGUGAGUUCGGUGCGGCGGCGGCGCGGCUUCCCCAUCCCUGGACGCUGCAGCGAGCAGCCAUGUGGGAGGCGUAUCUACCGGUGGAGUCCGGCGCCCUGGGGCCCGAGGAGAACUUCCUGUCCUUGGACGACAUCCUGAUGUCCCAGGAGAAGCUGCCGGUGCGCGUCGAGACGUCCAUGCCGCGCCUGGGCGCCUUCUUCCUGGAGCGGGGCGCGGACGCCGAGUCGGACCACGCGCUGCCGCAGGCAACUUCACAAAGAUUGAGGAGCCUGGCCGGGGUCCCACCGAAGUCCUCGGUGAAGGGUUGCUCGCUGUUCGGAGUGAGUGGCAGCUCCGUGCCAUUAGCCCCUUUGCCUAACAAAGACCGGGUAACAAGGCCAGGGUCCUCCAGCUUUGAAAACCGUAGACAUUGGCCCUUUCUGCCAUCUCUGAAGCCACCUGACCUCAGAUUGAUUUCACUUUGUUCUCUUCUAUCAGCAUCCAGAUUGGGCACAAAGCUUGAGCUUCCCUUGUGGCUGGCUAAAGGACUCUUCGACACCAAGCGACGCAUCCUUUCUGUGGAACUUCCCAAGAUGUAUCAAGAGGGAUGGAGGACUGUGUUCAGUGCAGAUGCUAAUGUUGUGGACCUCCACAAAAUGGGGCCCCAUUUCUAUGGAUUUGGCUCCCAACUUCUGCAUUUUGACAGUCCAGAGAAUGCAGAUAUCUCCCAGUCUCUGCUGCAGACUUUCAUUGGACGGUUCCGCCGCAUCAUGGACUCCUCCCAGAAUUCUUACAAUGAAGAUACUUCAGCACUGGUAGCCAGGCUAGAUGAGAUGGAGAGAGGCUUGUUUCAAAUAGGGCAGAAAGGGCUGAAUGACUUUCAGAGCUGGGAAAAGGGUCAGGCUUCUCAGAUCACAGCGUCCAACCUCGUUCAGAAUUAUAAGAAGAGAAAAUUCACUAAUAUGGAAGACUGAACACGGAACAGAACUGCAACUUGUGGAUUUAUCUCUGUGUCCCUGGUAAGACCUAGUUAACUUCAUGGGCGACCCAACCGUGUACUGCUUCAGAGCUUUUUACCUUCAGCAGGCUCCAGGCUUGGAGCUACCUGGUUGGGGGCAGAUGAGCAUGCCCUUGAUCCUGUUGGUCUUCCUGGACUUUAGUUACCUGCUGUUCCACAGCAAGCCCUUUUGACCCAAGAAUGCCGCUGAGGAGGAGCUAGGGUCCAUCUUAAAUAAGGGUCUUGGACAUAUACAUAGUCAAGUUGGAACUGGGAUUCCUCAGGUGUCUGGUCUUGUUGGCUGCAAAGGACAAGUACAAAGUGGGUCAUCUCUGCCUGUUCGCAAAUUUCUCUUAAGCUUCUCUGCCUUACCUUCCUCAUGGUUGGACAGAGGACAUCAUCCCUACCAUGCUGCCCGCCUGCUGGGACUUACCCCAAAUCCAAAACGAAAUUGGGAGGAAAAGGGAAAGUCUGAUGAAUGGCAGAGCAGAAAGGAGAAGACGUUGAGCUCUUGUGCCCUAUAAUCAGGGCUUUUGAACUAGAGUCACAUCCCUUCAAUCCACCCAGAGGUGCCAGGGUGUGUGUGUCAGUGU